GAAUUUUUGUGAAAGAGUUACGAAAGACCAAAGAGCGUUGCUUGUGGCCAGUAGGAGUUACACGCGCGUACUCACAGACGUUAUGUGCAAUCAAUGAAACUUAAAAUUUUAUUUUCAAUUAAAAAUAUUAAGUGUACAUAAUCAGCUAGCUGUGUAACAGUUAUGACAUAUUAGUUUUUUAGUUAUUAAAAAACAAUUGUGUGUUACGAUGGAGUGUCUGAAGAAGUUGGUAUACUUAGUGAUGCUGUUGGCCGUCUGUGACGGCAGCUCUGAGGAAAUAAAUGAGACUUCGGUCGGGAGUUUCCCACCGUUGUACGCUUUGGAGGACUGGAAGCUGUGUCAGAACCCUGGAGACGUGUAUUGUAUUGUGGAUGCUCUGCUCGUCUCCACGAACUCUUCGCCGCUGCUGCAACAGAUACAGGAAUAUUCAUCGAGAACGCUCAAGCACUUCAACAGGACAGUUGUCCAUCGUGGGGUGUGUGUGACGAAAUGCGGGGGCCAGGGUCCUGAUACGUGGAAUGUGGCCGCUGAGGGAUGUAUCAACACCAGCUUGGAGGAGUAUGGACUUGAGGCGGACGUCCAGGACGUGGGCUGGUGUCGCAACAACCAGCCUACCCCCAUGAGUACGUCGGCCCGAGUGUUCGUCAUAGUGUGUGCGACGUUGCUGGCUAUGACAUUAAUAGCAACGGGACUACACGCUUUGGAAUAUAGAUUUGGGAAAUUCUUUGGUAAUAAAUACAUCUUGGCUUUUUCAUUAAAGCGAAAUUGGAAAAUGCUUAUAUAUGAUGACAAACAACGAAACAGAAACGAGCGCACGGAGGACUUGAGUUGCAUCGAUGGUAUUAGGUUUAUCGGAACACUCAGCGUCGUUCUGACUCACGUCACAAUUAUUCACGUGUUUGCUUUCAUCGACAAUCCGGAUUUUAUUGAAAAUUUAUAUGAACAUGUGAGUACUAAGUCAGCCUUCAACACGCCACUUUGGAUCCAAGCCUUCAUAUCGAUAUCCGGAUUCCUCUCCGCGUACUAUCUCCUCAUUUACACUGAGAAACACUCCUUCACUUGGAAAAAAUGUGUAGUAUCUGUUUUACAUCGAUACAUCAGAUUAACUCCCGUGUCGUUAUUCACUCUAUGGUUCACGAUAUCGUGGUUACCUCGCCUGGGUUCAGGUCCUCAGUGGUCGUGGCUGGUGGAGCAGGAAGCCCAGUACUGCACCGAGCGUGGAUGGUACCACGCGCUUUACAUUCACAACUACCUCACUCUUGGAAAGUUGUGCAUGGGGCAUACGUGGUACUUGGCGGUAGACAUGCAGCUUCAUGUACUCGGUUCAUUUCUUCUUCUGAUUCUUAUGAGAUGGAGGAAGGCCGUCAUUCCUGUGCUGGCUACCAUAGUGAUUGCAUCAAUGGCUGUUACAGGAUUGCUCGUCUACUUCUUAAAUCUAACUCCUAUAAUAAGCGCUCAAUCUCCUGAGACUGUUCGCAACAUGUUUAAAGGUUCAGCGAUAAUGCCUACGAUAUAUUUGCCUGUGUGGGUGCAUUUUGCCGGCUAUGCUUUAGGCAUUGCUACUGCCUAUAUACAUUACAAUGAUCAAAAUAAUGGAUACAAGCUCAGGGAUAGUAAGUGGUUUUCAGCUAUCUUUCACACGUCCUUGUUGCUGGCCGCAGCUGUCAGCGUCGCUGGUGUGCCAUUCCUCUCAGAUUCUCCUCCUCCAAGCUGGGUGACUGCUCUAUAUGCCUCCGUUGAUAAAAUACUGGUGGCGCUCUUCUUUAAUGUGUUUUUAUUGGGGUGCUUGAGUCGUUGUAAAUCGGUGUUCCGCGACCUGUUGUCGUGGCGAGGCUGGUACUCCCCCGGCAGGUUGUCAUACUCCGUCUUCAUCAUACACUUCGUCAUCAUGAGGUUCACCAUCGCCAACAACCCUCAGAUUAUUCAUAUCACCGGUUAUUCCUCUUUAUCUUUAUUAAUAGUUGGAACAGUGCUGUCAUAUCUUAUAUCUGUUCCGGUAUUUUUGGUGAUAGAGAUGCCCUUUAUUCAGCUCUGGAAGGCUGUCAUGGGUCUCGAUGGUCCCAAAAAAGAUGCACAGGCACAAGAAACACAGAAUAAGAUUGAUCUCGUGAUGAACGGGAGCAGGAGAAGUGGACAGAAUGUUGUUUGAAAAAGUAGGUUAUAGUCAUUUGUUAUAGUAAACUCUGGUAGAUCAUGUUCACAAUUUAUUGUAUGAGUGAAUGAAAUUAAGUUCUCAAUUUUAACGAGCUAUUGUUACAACUUAGAUGACCGUUAAAAUUACUUUUAAUGCUUUCGUAAAAAAAAAUAUAAUUACUAUUUUAGUCAUUUGUUAAACCACGUAAGAAAUAGUAUUAAAAGGAAAUGAGAUAACAAAAUUGAAAUUAUAUAAAAUUACAACUUAGGUAGUAUAAGUUUACAAUAGAAUUACGAAAUGUUUUGCGUUUUUUGCGUUGAUCUUAAAGAUAUUUUCUACAAGUUGAGAUUAGAUGUGAUUCGGUCGUAAUUAUUGUCUAUUAAUAAAGUUUUCGUCGUAGAUUUUUUAACCCUGUGUUAUUAAUCUUUUAUAUAUAGAUUUUUAACUUUUUCCAAGGACUUCUAAAAAGAUAACUAUAUUUCCUUACUGCAUGAAGCAACGUUUUGUUUGUCUUCCAUAUCGGCAUUUCAGCAUUUCAUUUGAUUCAUAUGAUUGUUUACUCCGAUUAGGAAUUUCUUUAAGGUUAUUAGAGGCAGUAGUGGUAGAAUUUAUGUUGAUAGUACUAAGUUAAUAUAUAUAUAAUAGGAUAUUAGUAAAAUAUUGAAUUGUUUUAAACAAAUAUAUUUGUACUGAAAACAUAAAA